AUGAUGUCGUUGUCCGUGUUGUUGGCCCUCGUCCAACUGGUCGCGCCGCUAGCCAUCGUCGCUCUCGUCCAAUGUGGCGGCAAGAAGUGAGUUUGGGGAUGCUGUAGUAGACUUGAAAGAUACUAUCUUUUGAUACGGUUAGGGGGGAUGCCUUGGAAAUUUAGAAUAACUGAUUUCUCGCUUACUUUUACCUAAAAUACGGUUUUUUGAUGUUCAGCGAAUAAAAAGAUAUUUUUUACAUAAAAACUAUGUAAUAGCCUCAUUUCUACAAUUAGCUAUAAGCAAAAAAACCCUUUUCAACUAACUGAGUUAAGAGCGUUUUUCCUUAUUUUUCCCAUUUCCAGGAAGAAGGCUCCUCAGCCAGCUCCCAAUAAACCGGUUGGCGCCCCUCCCGCUGCUCCUGGCGCCCCCGCCGCUGCCGGUGCCCCUGGCGCUCCAGCUGCGGGCGCAGCUCCUCCCGCAGCUGGAGGUGCUCCAGCCCCAGCUGAAGCCAAGACCCAAGAACCCGAAAAAGCCGAGAAGAAGGAAGGCGAACCAGCAAAGGAAGGAGAGGAGAAAAAGGGUGAAGAAAAGAAGGAAGAGAAGGAAGAAAAGGACGGUGAGAAAAAGGAUGGUGAGAAGAAAGAAGAAGAGAAGAAGGAGGGCGAGAAAAAGGAGGAAGAGAAGAAGGAAGGCGACAAGGAAAAGGAGGAGGAAAAGAAGGAAGAGAAGGUACGUGUUUGAGUGAUUUUGGACAUCGCUUUUGGUAUUUUUACGUAAAUAUUUUUCUUUUAGAAGGAGGCCUCAAAGAAGGACGGAUCCAAGAAGGAAAAGUCGGAAAAAUCCAAGAAGGAUGGCUCCAAGAAGGAGGGCUCCAAGAAGGACAAGUCGAAGAAGUCCGAAAAGUCCAAGAAGGAUAAGAAGGAUGCCUCCAAGAAAGAUAAGAAGGAGGCCUCGAAGAAGGACAAGAAGGAGGAGAAGGAAAAAGAAAAGGAAAAGGACGGCGAGAAGAAGGAAGAGGAGAAAAAGGAGGAGGAGGUGAGCUGACUUUCUGGGGAAAUUAGGGUGCUGUCAGUCUUGAAAAUCGAAGACUCAAAUUGAUUUGUUUGGGUCUGGGAAUUUUUUGAUGAUUUAUUGAAUUGAAGUUUGGGGUCAUGUAGCAUUUUCUAACUGCGAUUUUUACAUCGAGAAUCAGGGCAGUAAUUUAUAAUUUUAUUUCCAGGAGAAGAAGGAUGAAAAGAAGGACGAAAAGAAGGAGGACAAGAAGGAGGAGAAGGAAGAAGAGAAGAAGAGCGAAGAAAAGAAGGACGACGAUAAAAAGGAGGAGGAGAAGAAGGAGUAG